CCAAUCAGGUGUCGGCUCUGUUAACUCAUUGCUGGAGCGACAUUACAACUUCCCUCUUGAGUUGGCCCAGUUGGUUUCAUUGUGACGUGUAACACCGGGUAGUCCGUCAACCUGAAUAGUUUGUAAAAAUGAAGUUUGCUAGUUUUGUUUAGGGCAAAAUGAAGUGAAUGUCGGGGUAGAAGACAGUCUUACAGCUCGUGUUAGGUCGCUUCCGGUAGCAAUAAUGCCUGUGUUGUUGGGAAGAGGAGCUGGAGGAGCUAACAGAAGUCUGCUGUUUCCCCUCGUCGCCGUGUUGUUGCUGUCGUUCGGAGUUGCUGCUAUUCAGGAGGAGCAGAAAGCAGUGCAGGAACAGCCGCAAAAGGAGAAAACCACCAGUCCCCAUCCAGUGGGGCCGAUCGUUACUGAGAAUGGCCCCAGCAAAGGGAACAUGGGUUUCAUCCACGCCUUCGUGGCCUCUAUCUCCGUCAUCAUCGUCUCAGAGUUGGGAGACAAGACGUUUUUCAUCGCAGCCAUCAUGGCCAUGCGUUACAACCGCCUCACCGUGCUGGUAGGGGCAAUGCUGGCUCUGGGGCUUAUGACUUGCCUGUCAGUAUUGUUUGGCUACGCCACCACCAUCAUCCCUCGAAUCUACACCUACUACGUGUCCACUGCACUGUUUGCCAUCUUUGGGUUGCGCAUGUUGAGAGAGGGGCUGAAAAUGAGUCCAGACGAAGGGCAGGAAGAGCUGGAGGAGGUGCAAGCAGAGAUCAAGAAGAAAGACGAGGAAUUCCAGCGCUCCAAGCUGGCCAACGGCGCUCCAGACGUGGAGGCGGGAGCAGGACCCACCAUACCUCAGUCGAAGUGGCACAAGCUGAUCUCACCGAUCUUCAUCCAAGCCUUCACCCUCACCUUCCUGGCGGAGUGGGGGGACCGCUCACAGCUGACCACCAUCAUACUAGCUGCCAGAGAGGAUCCAUUUGGAGUUGCAGUAGGUGGGACAGUCGGCCACUGUUUGUGUACAGGACUGGCUGUGAUUGGAGGACGAAUGAUUGCUCAGAAGAUUUCUGUGAGGACAGUUACCAUCAUCGGAGGGAUUGUAUUUCUGGCGUUCGCCUUAUCUGCCCUUUUCAUCAAGCCAGAGUCUGGAUUGUAAUUGGUGGACAAAAAGGAAGCUGUUCAUUCUGUAAAUACGUGUACGAUAUGGCUAACUCGCUGGAAAUAGACUUUUCAUUUGGAUUCGGUAUUUGGUGUCUAUCUCUGAGUCCCAGCAGCUUUCUGUCCAUGUUGAUUUUCGAGGUCAUCUUGACGUCCAGGAGUCGUAUAACGGUAGACAAGCGGACUUCCCAAUAAAAACGGACAAAGCACCUCGUACAACCGGAUUUUCAUAGAAAAGCGUUUGUUCCGCGUCUAUUUGCGACUCGGGGUGAAUUGCGAAACGAGGAGUGCAUUCAAACACAAGUUCAAACACGUCCAUGUCAAAACUUCUCUCUCUCAACGAUUCAUCAAGGAGCUUCGGCUUAAUCUCAGAACAGGAACUCCCCCAUUUUAACGUUUCAUUUGAUGCAACAGAAUCACCGAGUUACUGCGGCUGCAGCCUGAAGGGGAACUGCAGUCGCUCAAUCUUAAGAGCUUUAUUCACAUCUGAAAGAGUGUUAAAGAAAAACCCACACUUGACCUGACAGCGAACCUCUUAACUUUACACACCUGUGUAUCAAGCUGAACCUGACAAGUACUUUUCUCCACUUUGCAGGCUCGUUGUAGGCACUUACAGUACAGUAAUAACCUACUGGACCUCCUUUACUUUGACCAGUAAAAAUAAAAAGUCGUGGCGUAUCGCGGUCAGUGGUUCUCAUCUAGAUAUCAAAGCUUUACUGUACCAUGUUAUGCAAAAACACAAACAAAAAAAACAUGAAAUAGUUUGGUUGCUUUUAAAUGUUUAGUUCUUCUUCUUUUUUUUCUUUUUAUUCUAACUUGUUUUAUUUUUGACUUCCACCGAGAUGUUUUCGCCUGCUUCAGUUUAAGAUGUUUUAAUUCAUACAGAGCCAGUAUUUUCCAUUGUACUGCAUAGAGAAACCGACCCAAACCACUUUAAUACCUCUAUCAUGUAAGCACAGUUUUUGUACGGUUUUUUAACAUGUUUGGUUUUAUUUCAAAACAAACAAACAAAAAAAAGCUUUACUGAUUCUCAAGGUACAUUUUUUUUUUCCCUGGAUAUUUCCCAGUGGAGUUGAACGGAAUGACUUGUUCAUGCUGAAGAAUGGCCAGUGGGCAUUUACUGCAUCAUGAAAUCAGUGUAACGGAGGAGAAAAACAAACGCAUCAGGUAAAGAAUCAGCGACUCACUACAUCUUAAACACCUACAAAUCAUAUGACGCUCAACAUUGAGGCGUUGCUGCACCAAUACGACGUAGGUUUACCCUUUUUAUUUAAACUUGUGUAUUUAUUUAGCUUCAUUUACUUUAGUUGUGAGGUCUGUACACUAAGUGGGAGAAAUUUCUGUAUGUGGGGUGCGAUGCUUUUCCUUUUUUUUUUUUUCUUCUCGGUUUAACUGAACGGGUUUAAGUUGUGCUGUCAAUAUUUGACAGGCUUUAACCCAGCUGUGAAACACUUCGGUUGUUUGAUUUGAUGAAAUGUCUAAAAACUUAGAAUAAAGAAAUAAAAUAAAAAAUUUAAAAAAA